GCCAGCCCGAGGGCCCUUUGUGCGCCUGCGCGCUCGCGCUUCCGCCCUCUCGUGGCGCUCGGCUAAGGCAGUCUGUCUGUCGGACUCUGUCCUUGGAGCACAGAGAGGCAAGGCGACUUCGGAGAGCCAGCCGCCCGAUUGUUUUCCUUUCCCUCCCUCUCUCCCGUCCCACAUCGCUAUUCACCCCUCUCCCGCCUUUGCUCGCGCAGCCAUGGCGGAGCCGUCGGCGGCCACUCAGUCCCCAUCCGUCUCCUCGUCAUCCUCCGUGGCCGAGUCCUCUGCGCCCGGUGGCGGCGGCGGGAGCCCGGGAGCCUGCCCCGCCCUGGGGGCGAAGAGCUGCGGCUCCUCCUGUGCUGAUUCCUUUGUUUCUUCCUCUCAGCCUGUAUCUCUAUUUUCGACCUCACAAGAGGGAUUGAGCUCUCUUUGCUCUGAUGAGCCACCUUCAGAAAUUAUGACUUCCUUCUUUUGUUCAUCUUCUGAAAUAUAUAAUACUGACCUUACAAUACUACAUGGAGAAACAAGCAAAGUGUUAGGCAGCCAGCCUAUUUUAGCCAAAGAAAGAAAAGACUGCUUGGCUCUUCUAGAUGUGAAAAAGAUGGAAAAGCCUCAGGAGACCAGUAAAGACAUAGCAGACUCCCCAGUUUCUGUUGCAGAAGGAGUUCACUGUAACCGUCCUUCCAUUCCAGACAGUUUCCCAGAUCAUCCUGCUUUUCUCUCAGAGGAAGUUGGUCAAAUGCAACAGCAGAUAAAUAAAGAUCAAGAGUCCAAGAACCCAAAUGAGGUACCAAGUAGGGACGAUAGAACUGCCUUGGAUGCAGAUGACAAAUUCACUUUGCUAACAGCCCAGAAGCCACCCACCGAGCAGUAUAAAGCAGAAGGUAUUUGUACGUAUUCCUUGUCCCCCUCUGAAGUUUCAGGAGGUGGUAUUAUGGAAAAGGAUUCCCCUGAAUCACCAUUUGAAGUAAUUAUUGACAAAGCAGCAUUUGACAGAGAAUUUAAAGACGCAUAUAAGGAAAACAUAAAUGAUUUUGGUAGCUGGGCAGUGCACACUGAUAGAGAAUCACCUGCAGACAUUUCUGAGUCUAAUGACAAAGUAUUUCCACUGAGAAAUAAAGAAACAGGGCGUUCCCCAGCUUCUGCCUUGCUCACUAGGCAGUUUUCACACACAACUGCAGCAUUGGAGGAGGUAUCUAGAUGUGUAAAUGAUAUGCAUAACUUUACUAAUGAAAUAUUGACUUGGGAUUUGGUUCCCCAAGUAAAACAGCAGAGUGAUAAAUCUGACUACAUCACAAAAGCUGCAGGACCUGACAUGGGUGAAUAUAUUUCAGAAAUUCCAGUUGUAAGUCUUAAAAGUAACACUCAUCAGAAAAUUCCUGUAUGUUCUAUUAAUGGGAGCACUACUAUCCCUAAAUCAACAGGUGAUUGGGCAGAAACAUCUCUCCCACAGGAAAAUGCUAUGCCAGACCGUCUCAACUCUACACAGGAAAUCAGUAUCAAAGGUGUGCGAGGCAAUGUGCAGAAAAGAGAUGACACACUUUCAGAGUUACCUGGAUCUCCAUUUGAGAAAUGUGUCUCUCUUGGUUCUGGAGUGGCCACAGUGAAAGUGGUUUUACCUGAUGGCCACCUGAAAGGUGCAAUGAACUGGCAGACCUCUGUGUUGGGAGAGGUGACAGAGGCUGGUAGUUCUGGUGAAUCUGAUGACACGGUGAUAGAGGACAUCACAGCAGAUACUUCAUUUGAGAGCAACAAAAUUCAGGCUGAAAAACCUGUUUCCAUCCCAAGUGCUGUUGUAAAAACAGAUGAAAGAGCAAUGAAAGAGAUUCUUAAUUGUAAUAGGGAAGACAAAACAUCUGGAAACUUUGACAGGUCCAUCAGUGACUCUGCGCCACGACAAGUUCAGCCUGAUGUUCUUGGAAGGAGUCCAGCUGGUGAGGCAGAAUGUUCACAAGUACCUAAUAUGAAUGUCACGUCAGAAGAUGUGAAGCAGUCAGAUAGUAUGAGUGUAGUUGCUCCUGAAAAGCUUGUUGCAGCUGAGAACCCCAAACUUCCUUCAGAAGCAUCUCCAAAGGUUUUUAAUGAUAAGACAGAAUUCUCACGAAAUGUGACAACCUCUGCCUAUUUGGAGUCAUUGCAUGAAAAAAGUGUUAACGAUACAGAUGAUUCUUCCCCAGAGGACCUGAUAGCAGCCUUUACAGAAACCAGAGAGAAAGGAAUAGUAGGUAAAGGUGAAGGAAAUACCUUCGAAGCAACAUCAGAGAAAACUAAGGACUUUAAAACAACUCUUCCGGUAGAUGUUUUACAUGAAAGUGAGUCAGGUGGUUCUGAAAUUGAAAACAUAGAAGGCAAAUACAGUGAACAAAGCAAAGAAACAGAUGGGAGUGAGCUUCUGGAUGUUUUCCCUACCCAGGGUACCCCAGUGGCAUCUCUUGAUUUAGAGCAGGAACAGCUCACAAUCAGAGCACUGAGAGAACUGAGUGAAAGGAAGGUUGAGAAGUCCGCUUCUGCACAGGAUAAAGUAGAAUCUCCCGAAGAAAUACUCAAGCAGACUUUAACAUUUGCUCCAGAAUCUUGGCCACAGAGAUCCUAUGAUGUCCUAGAACACAAAGAUGUUAAGACUGGAUCUGAUCUCGGGAUUUCCAAGAAGCCCACUAUUACCAAAGAAGCUACUAGGGUAGAUACCACUUCCAGCCUUAGCAAGACUGAACUGGUAAACAAGGAUGUCCUAGCAAGACUUCUGACAGAAUUCUCAGUGCACGACUUAAUUUUCUGGCGAGAUGUGAAGAAGACUGGGUUUGUCUUUGGCACCACACUGAUCAUGCUGCUCUCCCUGGCAGCUUUCAGUGUCAUCAGUGUGGUUUCUUACCUCAUCCUGGCUCUUCUGUCUGUCACCAUCAGCUUCAGGGUCUACAAGUCUGUCAUCCAAGCUGUACAGAAGUCAGAAGAAGGCCAUCCGUUCAAAGCCUACCUGGAUGUAGACAUCACUCUGUCCUCAGAAGCUUUCCAUAAUUACGUGAACGCUGCCAUGGUGCACAUCAACAGGGCCCUGAAACUCAUUAUUCGUCUCUUUCUGGUGGAAGAUCUAGUUGACUCCUUGAAGCUGGCUGUCUUCAUGUGGCUGAUGACCUAUGUUGGUGCCGUUUUCAAUGGGAUCACCCUUCUGAUUCUUGCUGAACUGCUCAUUUUCAGUGUUCCAGUUGUCUAUGAGAAGUACAAGAUCCAGAUUGAUCACUAUGUUGGCAUCGCCCGUGAUCAGACCAAGUCAAUUGUUGAAAAGAUUCAAGCAAAACUCCCUGGAGUUGCAAAAAAAAAGGCAGAAUAAGUACAUGGAAACCAGAAAUGCAACAGUUACUAAAACACCAUUUAAUAGUUAUAAUGUUGUUACUUGUACUAUGAAGGAACUGUGCUCAGUGUCAGCUUGAGCCUGCAUUCCAAGCUUUUUUUUUUUAAUUUGGUGUUUUCUCCCCUCCUUUCCCUUUACCCUCAAUCAAGAACAAGAAUUGUUGGACUUAAAAAAGAACUGAUAUCUUAGAACCCAAAAGAAUAAAGAAAGAAUCAAAUUAAUAGGAUAAAUCAAUACCUUAAUGAUGGUGGAGCUUUACCUGUAGCUAGAAAGGAGGGGAAAGAUUGGAGGUAAAGGAGAAAAUGGAAAAUAAAACACAUCUCUUGGGUUCUUCUAUUCAAAUUUCAAGGACUAGUCAGUCUUACAUAGCUUUCCAUCAUAGUUUUGCCCUUAUUUUUAAGUUAAGAAAUAAUGAUUAACUUAUGAAGAAAUUAUCUGGGGACAAGAAUGGGAUUCUUUCCCUCUUUUUUGUUGUUGUUGUUGUUGUUUUGUUUUAUUUUGUUUUUUGCAGCCCUGUGAUCCCAUCUUCCUGCCCCACAAUGUGAGCAGCUACCCCUAAUAUUCUUCUUCUUCAUUUAACGAUAUAACUUUCAACUCUAUGAAUAACUUAUAGUUGAUAGUGAUAAUUCCUGAUUCUCAGAAUGCCAUCUGAUAACCAAGAAUGGAAAGUAGGAUGAGCAGGAGCGCACAGGGGUGCUGCUGCGACUCCCGCUCACCCUUAGGAGAGGACAGGCUCCGCCAUGUGGGACGGUGGGGUCUGUGUCAUUUCUUUCGGACACCAGUUCUGAGCUUUAGUUUGAGAGCUUAUUCCUGAAUGGGCUUUCCUCCCUCUUUCCUACCCUCAAGUUUAAUAAAUAUGGUUGUACUUUUCUUAUUAUAAAAUAAAUGUCUGUAACUGCUGUACACUGCUGUAAACUUGUUAGAGAAAAAAACUAAUCUGCAUGUGGGCUCCUCAGUUAUUGAGUUAUUGUAAUCCUGUCUCAGUCCUUGGUGGGGAGACAUUCUCAAGGGGUGAACUACAGAAACACAAAGGCCUUUUUUCUCUUUUAUCUUUUCCUCCUGCACAUGGUACAUCUUUAACCUGUGCUCAUCGUUUUCCCCUAAGGACCAAAGCUGAGCUGGCUUGAGAGGAGAUUGUGUCUGUGGUUAAGAGAUCACAGAUUAGUGUAAGGAAGUGCAUUUUGUGAUUCAUAUGGAGUUUUAACUUGGAGGCUAGCUUAUUGGGUGUGUGUUGUUUGAGGGUUCCUUUCAUUUUCAGGCACAUAAAAUGUCUUGGCACCUCUACCAUGGUACAGGGUGCUCCUUUUGAGAGUAUUUUCCAAGAAGCUUUAGGUGAGGGUGAUCAGGCAGGGCCAGAUUGUGUUGACAGGCUCCGUGCACAAUUAAAAGACAACAAAACAGUUCAUGUUGACAUCAGAUGGAGGGCGUUUGGGAAUCUUUGAUUCCCGUUGGAGACUUAUAAGUGUCUUCCUCCCUUUCCAACAUGAAAAUUCAGUAAAUUUGAAAGAAAAUCAUCUGUGAGUUCCUUCAGGUUGUAACUCAUAGUCGUGAUAAUCCAGAGGGAAUAUGCACUGGUGACUUUAAAGGCUACAAUCUUUGACAGUCCCAAAGCAGUGCAGCUCUGUAGAAGGUAGUGGAAGGAAGUUUUCCUUCUAUUUUGUUGAGGAAAUUACUUAGGAAUUUAGAUGGGUAAAAGGUACCCUUGCCUUACUCCACUCUCUUAUUUUCUUAGCCCCCUUUCCUUUUGAAAUGUUUAACUGAUUUCAUGUCAUAGUAGGGAAUGCAUUCUCCAUCCCCAUCCUUUGCCCUCCCAGGAAGUAAGUGUACUGAUCAUCUUUUUGGGCUUCCCCUCCAAAGGACCUUUUUCUGCACUGGAAGCCUCCACACCUAGCUCUUUGUUUUGUUAGUGCUGUGUUUAGAUUAAUUUGGACAGAUCUUUGUGCCACACAAGAAUUUUUUGUUUUUUUAAGAAAAAU